AUGGUGGUUGCGCUGACAAGUCAGCAACUGGCGCGAGCAGGCGGCUUUGAAUGGUUGGCCUUGCCUACAAAAAUGGGAGACUAUCGGAGGGAGCACGAUUGGCGGGACGACAGGGCCCACAAGCGCCGCCGAGAGGACCCGUUGGCAUGCCAUAACUGCGGAGAGAGGGGCCACUUAGCAAAGGACUGCCUGAGCACGCACGGUAAGGAGAUUAAAGACAAGGUCUUGGUCAAGGACCGGCGCUUCAAGCCGCGGGUUAUCGGCACAGGCGGGGGGGUGAUCAAGGGCCUCGAGCAGGAGCUGGGGGUAAGGUUAAAGGUAGAGGACGUGGUUAGGGACGAUCCUGAUCAAGGGUUCUACGUGCGCAUCUCGGGACCCGGCCUGGACGAAGUUUGCAGGGCUGUGACUCGGCUGGAGAAACUAGUGGCGGAGGUCGAAGCAGAGCAGCGCGGGUUCGAGGAGCGCCGCGCGCAGUACCAGCAGCAGUUGACAGACACUCCUGCCGUCCCGGCAACUCUCACCCCGGAAGCAGCCCCGCAGCCGCUUGGAGUGGCGCUCAAUGCGGCCCUCCAGGCCAGCGGAGCGCUCCCCGGGCGGCAGCAGUUCCAGUCCGGGGGGGUGGUGCCCCAGCGGUUUGGCGGGGGGGGUGCGCAGCGCCCGAGCGGGAUGACGAGCCUCCGGCAUGAGUACGCUGCAGCGAUGAAUGCAGGACAGGGUAUCGGAGCUGGUCAGGUCCAAGGGGUGUACGACUACGGCAUGGCGAACCUCAGCCAAGGGGGCGAUCAGAGUGCAAUCCUAGGUCGGACUUCGGAUCAGGGGGCUAGCUUCGGCCAGGGGUUGGCUCCGGAUCCGGGGCCGAGUGUCAUUCAGGGGAUGGCCUCAGGGCUGACUUCUCAUGGAGGGGGAAACUACAACCAGGGGCCUGUUCCGGAUCAAAACGUCACUUACAAUCAGGGGGUUGCUCCGAACUACGCAAUGGCCGGCAACCAGGGGGCGACGCAAAGUCUAGGGGCGAAGGCUGGCCAACGGUUCCAGUUCGAUCAGGCGGGAACAGCUGCGGAGCAGAACAUGGAGAUGAGCCCCGACAGAAAAGAUACGUCAGGUGCAGGGACGCCACCUGUCGCCGUCGGAAGCAUUCAGCAGCCCGCUAACCCCGCUAACCUCGGAAUCCACAGCGUUAGCCCGAAUUACCCCACCGCGCCCGUAGGAAGCGCUGCGAUGAAUGGGCCGGGGCUCGGAGGAGCUGGGUAUCCGGGGACGUUCUUGUACGGAGACGUGCAAAGUUACCCGGAGCAGGGGGCCCAAGGCGGGGGGGCUGCGACGACGCUAGACGAACUAGAGACGCGGAAUAUUGCCGAGUAUCUCGAGUUGGCGAAGCAGCAAAUGUUCGAAGAGGACGAGGAGAUCAACCGGCAUCGACAGCGGAUGCGCGAGAUCCAGGACUACUUCCAGCUGCGCCUCUCGUCGCUCCGGCAAAAGCAGUCGCAGCAGCGGGAAACGUUUCUCAUCCUGGAGACACAGCAGCGCCCUCAACAACAGCUCCAGCAGUUUCAGCCGACCAGGGGAGGGAAUGGAUCUGUGAACCCGCAGCAAAGCCAAGAUAAGCCGCUGAGUCUGGGGCUGUCUGGUCAGUAUGGGCUGGGCAACUCAUCCUGGGGCCCAAAUGCGGACGUUGGGGCUUCUGGAGUCGAGGGAAGGCAAGGUUAUGGGAGUAUCUAGUUCAGGCGGACAGCGAGCUUCGAGUACGGUUGGAAGCUGCAUCUGAGCUACAUCGGGGCAGCCAUAAGACAAAGCAGCGGUAGUCGAGGUCUAUGAUGAGCACUUUAGGGCGAGCCUUGAAAGGCUCUUGCAAUCGCCCUACUUUAAGUAGGUAGCCAUAUCGUAAGUACAAGUGCUCCUGUUAACGAACAACGUUCCUACUAUGCGGAGGUGGUGCAAAUCGAUCAAAUACAGUCUGCAUCAAAUAUCGUUUGAGAACAAAUCAUCGUCCGCAGCCAUACCUUGAAAGUCGCCUCAGUGUUGCAUACCAAUUCAGUCCAAAG